CGCCUCUCCAUCUAAUUCUCUCCGCUGACCUCUACAGCUUUUUUUUUUCUCUUUUCCUUUCUCGCCCUCUUCCAUCUGUUGCACUUUCUCCGACACCAUUUCCAUGACAUCCUCGAAGUCUGUCAAUCCGUCCCAUUAAUCUGAAGAGACACCCUGUGCGAAUCCCCCUCCCUGGACAGGACAGUUCACAGCUUCUGAGUACAGGGAGGGGCUCCCAUAGACUGCCUUGGAUAUCUGCAAACACAGACCAGACCUUAAAAAGAGACUGCACCUGCAAGAGACAUCAAACCACUUGACUAAGAUCCAGUGCAGAACUCCAGAGGACACGUGAUGCAGAGCAAUACACAAUCUGAUCUCCAGUAUACACACAGAACACUGAAACACAACAGCUGAAUGGAAAAGGUUCCUAAGGCCCCUCUUACGUCUCCUGGCAGUGUCACCUCGUCCAGGGGGCCCAGCGUACCAGGCUCCCCCUCUGCUAUCACUGCUCGGAUGGACAGUCGUGUCCUGGGUUACAAGGACCUUGCUGCUCUCCCACGUGAUAAAGCGAUACUGGAUAUAGAGCGUCCAGACCUAAUGAUUUAUGAACCACAUUUCACGUAUACUCUUCUGGAGAAUACGGAGACUCUUCGGAGUCGAGAGCGAUCACUGUCACCCAAGUCAAUAUCUCCACCUCCAUCACCUGAGGUCUCUGCACUCUGGGCUGACAACAAGUCUAUAGUCAGCAGUUCAACUGUACAAGGCUCCCGCGGAGGAACCAAUUCUCCUAGAGGAGGAGUCCAGCAUUUCCACUGCCCAGAGAUUUCUCAGGAGGAGCCAAAUCUCUACAAGAAGCCACCAAUCUAUAGACAGAGAGAAUCGGCACUCUCCCACAGACUGUCCGAUGACCCCAUAGUUGAGUCCUCAAAAUUCCCAGCUGCAAAACCUCCAGACCCCAAUCAGCCAGCAAAGAUCGAAACCGAUUACUGGCCAUGUCCUCCUUCCUUGGCCGUUGUAGAAUCGGAGAGGCGCCACCGCAGGGAAUCCAGAAGUGAGGAAGAUAUUAAAGAAAAUGAGGAUGUGAAAGGACUGAAAGACCGGCAAAUGGUGGAACUGAACAAGAUUCAGUCUAAUCUGGGAAAAAUCAUCCUAAAAGAAGAAAUGCAGAAGGUAGAAACCCCACGAAGAAAAACUCGUUCUUUGCCAGACCGGACUCCUAUCUGCACACCCAUCCAUUCUGGAUAUGGAAGAAGCAGCCUAUCAAGGCUUCAGUCUGCAGAGUUUCAUCACCCAGACCGGCAGAGAGAGAGUACAGGGUUUCAGAACGGUGAAGGGCAGAGGAUCAGGAUGGACCGAGGGAACUCCCUCCCCAGCAUGCUGGAGCAGAAGGUCUUUCCUUAUGAAAUGUUAAUAGUCACCAACAGGGGGCGCCAGAAACUGCCUCCUGGGGUCGAUAAAACUCAGCUAGAGAAGUACCUCUCCCCUGAGGAGUUUCAGCGACUCUUCGGCAUGGCAUUGGAUGAAUUUGUAAGGAUGCCGCUGUGGAGAAGAAAUGAGCUCAAACGAAAACUGCUUCUCUUCUAAGGGCACCGCUAGGGAAGAGCAGAGUAAAUGGGGCGGACUGGAGGAGAUGGACCGGACCAGCACGUCUGAUAUGAGUGACCUCACGGGGGCCUGGAGAACCUUGCGUCAAUCAUCCAAUGUCAAUGAAUGACCCCCCCCCCCCCAUUACUUAAGACACCUCAGACUCCUAUAGGACCAAAUUAUGAUAUACCUUAGAUACCCCUUAAUUAUGCAACGUCAUACACUACUCUGUAUGAUGGCUCACUUGAACACGCAACAGAUCACAACAGAUCCCCUAUAGAUUCCUAUAUAUAUAUAUAUAUAUAUAUAGCCAGGUUCUUACCCAGCAGAUCCUAUUCUGAAUAAUUCUCUUGUGUGUUAGGUGGCAUUCAUAGUUCUGUAUGGACAUGGCUUCUAGGGUCUGCACACGUUACAUACGUAAGACAUUCGCCCCAAGCCUGAAGGUAGGACGCAGUCAGUAUAAUAUUACCAUUCGAUUAGAGAGUAGGGGCGGAGGUGCUACUUACCCCCAGCGCUGUGUGUGUAUUUUAUGGGUGAGUGCUUUCAGUUUACCGCGUUCCCGUCUCCAUCCAUCGCCCAAAGGACAACCGGGCACUUAUCUCCGGAAAAAAAAAAGGCAGUUUUUUACCCCUCUCUUCUGCUGUGUGCUUUGUGAUAUGAUGACUUUUUGGUACAUGCUCUUUCCUAGUCACAGUGCUUCAGUGUAUGUCCCACCUCUGUGCUUCACACCAUCCCACACGUCUCUACUUGUCCUCAUGACUACUAGCCUCUCACCACUCCGCUGAGACACCCCAGCCUUUACUUUCACUCACACCUUUUCUCUUCUACAUACGUGUCCCGUGUCUACCUUUUGGUGUUGAAGCUUUUUCUUUUCAUUUUUUGGCUUCUGAUGUAUAAUUAAUAUUAUUAUUAUAAUUAUUAAAGGUUACUGAAUAUUC